GACCCACGCUUGGGCCAGACCCCACCAGAAGUGACGUGGACUACCCAGAGCUCGGGAAGGAAUCCCGACGUCUUCCACUCCAAUCCCGGGACACCCCUGGAGCAGCGAGCUCUUUGCCACUGGGUCGCUCCAGGGCCCCAAGGAGCAGAACCGGGGAUUCCCUGUGCGCAGGCUCCACCAGGUGCGGCUGGAGAGCACAAAGGCCACACCCUCACAGGUCGGGCGUCGUGGGACUGAGCCUGGGCUUCUGUUUUUUCCCUGCAAAAGAGGUCAUUGAUAGAAUUUUCUAUCUGCAUCUAAGUAUUCAGUGUCUUGCUGGGAGAGACGGCUAUUUCAGGACAAAUAUUUCUCCUGGUAGCCAAGCAAGAACAGGAAUAAUGAAGAGACACACAUGUUAGUUACAGCCUUCGGAAACACGCAAGCAGAAGAUCAACAGUGUGAACAGAGCUGAAACGGUUGCCAUGCUUGCUUGUUGGAGUAAAUGAGGAAUGGGCUUGUGAUUAUGACAUUCCAGCAUGAAUCUGGUAGACCUGUGGUUAACCCGUUCCCUCUCCAUGUGUCUCCUCCUACAAAGUUUUGUUCUUAUGAUACUGUGCUUUCAUUCUGCCAGUAUGUGUCCCAAGGGUUGUCUUUGUUCUUCCUCUGGGGGUUUAAAUGUCACCUGUAGCAAUGCAAAUCUCAAGGAAAUACCUAGAGAUCUUCCUCCUGAAACAGUCUUACUGUAUCUGGACUCCAAUCAGAUUACUUCUAUUCCAAAUGAGAUUUUUAAGGACCUCCAUCAACUAAGAGUUCUCAAUCUGUCUAAAAAUGGCAUUGAGUUUAUUGAUGAGCAUGCCUUCAAGGGUGUUGCUGAAACUUUGCAGACUCUGGACUUGUCUGACAACCGGAUUCAAAGUGUGCACAAAAAUGCCUUCAAUAACCUGAAGGCAAGGGCCAGAAUUGCCAACAAUCCCUGGCACUGCGACUGUACUCUCCAGCAAGUUCUAAGAAGCAUGGCAUCCAAUCACGAGACAGCCCACAAUGUGAUCUGUAAGACUUCAGUAUUGGAUGAACAUGCUGGGAGACCGUUCCUCAAUGCUGCCAAUGACGCUGACCUUUGUAACCUUCCUAAGAAAACUACUGACUAUGCCAUGCUGGUCACAAUGUUUGGCUGGUUCACUAUGGUAAUCUCAUAUGUGGUGUAUUAUGUGAGGCAAAAUCAGGAGGAUGCCCGGAGACACCUUGAGUACUUGAAAUCCCUGCCAAGCAGGCAAAAGAAAGCCGAUGAACCUGAUGACAUUAGCACUGUGGUAUAGUGUCCAAACUGACUGGCAUUGAGAAAGAAAUUUGUUUUGCAAUUACAGUAGAAAAUAAGGGGUUUCCUUUUCCCCAUCCAUUGUAAACAGUUACAACUUUGUAUUGCAGUUUCUUUUGAAUCAUGCCACUGUUGAACUUUUAACAAACAUGACAACAUAACAAAUCAUUUUAGUUUAGGUGAUCUACCCCUUGACUGUACCCCUAGUGGUUUCUGAGUAAAGCUUGUCUCUGAACAUUAGUUAGAACCAUCUCACUAUUUAAUAAUGAAAUUUAUUUUUUUAAUUUAAAACCAAAUAAAAGCUUAACUUUGAAUCAUGGAAAA